AUGGGUUUUUUCGUUAAUUUUCUGUAUUUUCACAUAUUAUUGACGAUUUCUUGGGGACAAUGCCCAUCAGGAAGUGAAUACAUUCAGCCACUCGAAGCGUGCCUCAUUUUCUACAACCAUGCAAAUAAUUAUGAAGCCGCUGAGAAAAUCUGUGGGAUUUAUGGUGGAAAUCUUACCUCGAUUCACAGUGCUUUUGAGAGUAACUUAGCCGCCGUUUACAUGGCAAAAGAUUUCAACUCUUUGCAAGCGUAUAUUGGUUUGAAAAGAAUUAACAAUCAGUGGCAAUGGAUUGAUGGAAGCACGGCGAAUUACUUCAAAUGGGGCAGUGAUCAACCAACUGUUGGUGAUUGUGCCGUUUUGCAUAGCGAUUGGUUGAUUUGGCUCUCCGUCGAUUGCAAUACUCCAUUUCCGUUCAUUUGCAAACUAGCAGAUGUCGUUGAAAGAUGUGCAGCCGGGUGGAGCUUUUAUGAGAGAACGAAUCAAUGCUAUCAUAUUGGUCAUAACAAAUCCUUUGAAGACGCUGAAACAUAUUGUGGCUCAUUUGGAGGGCAUUUGGCUUCAGUUCACGAUUCAGUGGAAAACGAAUUCAUCUUCCAAUUGGCUUAUAAAGCGACAUGUGUUCGAGAAGUGGAUGUGUGGGUGGCUGGGACAACGCUUUUAGGCGGGAGAUACAACAAAGCUGCUGAUGCGGUUGUCUGGAGUGAUGGGUCGGCUUCAAAUUAUCGUCAUGAAGUUUGCAUGAAUGCGGGAGAUGGAGGACCAGUUUUGCUCUCGGCUUACCCGGCAACUUGUGGGGGUGUUUGUGCUGACGGAACUUGGUCGAUCAGUGGCUACCCAAUCAAGACGGUUUACCCGAGUUUUGUCUGUAAAGCUCCCGCGUAUUCCGACGAAUUUCAC